UUGAUGACAGCAUUACAUAGCAGAUUUGUAAUUAUUUAAACAAACAAUGUUAUUGUUGAUUUGUAAGUGGAUUUAAUCAUUUCAAAAAAUAACAUAUCACUGAAAGUACUUAUUGUUUCUAUUAGUGUGAAUAGCCCUCAACGGCCUCGACGCUAGUGCUCAAUCCUUGUGAUUAUUUCAAUAACAGGGAACUGAAAUUGUUCAGUCAGCCUUCAGCCAACAUUGUGGGAGUACGCCACUCUUCAAGGUUGAUAUGGGGUCUUCACUGCCAGAGUGGAUGACCAAGGAGUUUUUUGAACAAUGUCUCCGUAAAGAAGAACACAACAACAACAUUGUGGUAACAAACUUGACCACUUCAUCAGCUGUUCCUCCUGGCAACAACUACGGGAGCUUCAUCAUCAGAGUUGAGCUGGAGUGGAGAGUUGACGGAGAUGAUUCUGUGGUGAAGACUUCAAGAUUCAUCGUCAAAGCUGAACUUACCGAAGGUCCUUUGCAGGAAAUGAUGACUGCUCAAUUUGCCAUGUAUGAACCUUCAUUCUACUACAAGUUCAUACCUAAAGCAAAACAGUGUGGUGAUAUAAAUUUUGCUCCGAAAUGCUUCUUUUCUCCCAAACCGAACGUGACAGUUCUUGAAGAUUUAAAAGAAACAGGUUUUUUGAUGGUUGAUAGAACAAAACAGUUGGAUUUCGACCAUUGUCGCCUCUACAUGAUUGCAGCUGCCUCAUUCCACUCAGUGUCUAUUCCAGUUUAUAAAAAUAAUCCAGACCUUAUGUCAUCCAAUGACUCGAUGUUCUCGAAUGAGUCCAAAAUGCGAGACAUAUUUCAUUUCAUGAUCAAAAGUGGUACGAAACGGUUUGUACAAGAAAUUGAUAAGGUAGACAGAUUCAAGAAGCAUUCUAAAACAAUCAAAGAUGUAUCACCUCACCUAUGGGAUAUGAUGGUAGAAGCACACAAGCCAAGUGAACAAAUAAACACAAUCAAACAAGGAGAUCCGUGGAUAACCAACAUGAUGUUUAAGUACGAUAGGAACAACAAAGUCUGUGACAUCAAGAUCAUCGACUUCCAGGGAAUAGGGUAUGGGUCACCUGUUACUGAUUUAAUGUUCUUCUUGUGGUCCAGUGCAAACAGUGAAGUAAAGCAGAACAGACUUGACGAACUGUACAGAAUUUACGUUGAUAGUUUUAAUAAAAAUCUAAAAAAGUUUAACUGUUCUGAAAAGUUGACUUAUGAACAGGUGAUCCAGGAUGUGGAAAAGUUGAAGCCAUUAGCUUUGUUUAUAUCAUGCUCGUCAUUGCCAGGCCUUCUUCAUCCCGAGCCCAUGGACCUAGCUGCAUUCUUUUCAAAGGAUGCGAGUGAUGAUGCGGGAGACAAAUUUUUCGACAAGUAUUACACAAAAGAUUACUGUGAGAAAAUAUUCCCUCAGGUGGUGGAGUCUCUGGAGAUCAAUGGAGUUUUCAGUUAUCUACAAAAACACAAGAAGUAGUUCUUUGACCAAUUGUAUCCUUAUUAAAGUUGUUCAAACAAA